UCGCCACUGGUGGGAUUUCGCCUCUUCUGCGCCAAAGGGCACUUUAAAAGGGCCUUAUUUAUAGAAAAAUUAAAUUCUCCCAAUAAAUUCCCAAUAGUUCUGAUUGAACCCAAUGACCGGCGUUGCGAAAGGUGCACGUACCACGUCGUCCUCUGAGCAAAGCGAAUUCUAGGGCCGCCGGCGACCAACGACAUCGGAAGCAGCGACAUCUUGCACAAUCGCCAGCCGAAAAUAAGGGAUCCUGCAGGAUGGCCGAGGCAAUGGUGGUGGAGGACCGGUCCGCGGAGUCCAAGCGCUUCUACUGCCACAUGUGCAACGUGGAGAUCAACAUUCCCAACUCGGACUUCACCUGCCCGCUGUGCGCCAACGGAUUCGUGGAGGAGUUGCCGGCAAAUGCGCCGGAGAUGGCUUCUCCGGCUCCCGGGGCCUCCAGCGGCGCCAGAUCCGGAAGCAGUGGCAGCGGCAGUGGCUCCUCCGGCUCCCACGACACCCUGAGCAGGGGCAGCUCCUCGGGCGGAUCUCAGGUGAAUGUGGAGUCGCUGCGCAAUGACAUUGUGUCGCUGCUGAACAUGCGGAAUGUGCCCAAUUUGGAGAUCACCAUCGAGCCCAACAGGCGGCACAGCAAUGUGGUGCACCUGGGCGGCUUCGGUGGCCCCUCGGGCAGUGCCUCCGGAGGCGGCCUGACCGCCGGUGGACGCGUACGCCCGGCCAAUCUGGACCGGCUGGACAAUGUGCUCUUUGACUUUCUGCAGAGCCUGCCGCUGACCGGCGCCUCGGCGGAAAUAAUCACUGGUGGCGGAACCGUUGGCGGUGGCGGCAAUUCGCACAUGUUCUUCAUGGGCAACCCCGGCGAUUAUGCGUGGGGCCGCGAGGGACUGGACACCAUUGUCACCCAAAUGCUCAACCAGAUGGAGACUUCGGGACCGCCGCCGCUGUCGGCGCAGCGCAUUAACGAGAUACCCAAUGUGCAGAUCAGUGCGGAGGAGGUGGACCGCAAGAUCCAGUGCUCCAUCUGCUGGGACGACUUCAAGAUAGACGAGACGGUGCGCAAGUUGCCCUGCUCGCACCUGUUCCACGAGAACUGCAUCGUGCCAUGGCUAAACCUACACAGCACCUGUCCCAUUUGCCGAAAGUCGCUGGCGGAAGACGGCAGCGAUGCCGACGACGAGCUGGCCAUGUUCGAUGCCUUCGGCCCGGAGGCGGUUGAUGGCAACGAUUCCGCCAGGAGCUCGGCCAGCACGGCCACGGGAACGGACAAUCCAUCGCCGGCCAAUAACCAGACCACGGCGGAAAGCGGCCGAGCUCGAACCGAGGCCGCCAAUCCCGCCCAGCCAGCUCGCAACAACGUCUUCACCUUCGACGACGACAACAUGUUUCUGGACUAACUGGAAACGAGGCAGUGAAUCGAAGUGGACCGACGAUCGAUUGAUAUUCAAAAUUAAGCCAAAUAUUGGCAGCGGCUUUUGAAGUUUAGCCCUUAAACAUAAUUAAUCAUAUUAUUAUAAUAGUUUCUCCUCACGCUUAAUUUUGUUGUUGUUCAAAAUAACGAUUUGUAAUAAACAACACGGAAUAUACGAUUCCGUUGGCUCUGCAAAAAUCAA